AUGGCAGAAAAGGUCCCCCCUGGCUUAAACAGGAAGACUUCAAGGUCGACACUCUCCCUUCCACCAGAACCUGUGGACAUCAUUAGGAGCAAGACGUGCUCGCGGAGGGUUAAAAUCAACGUGGGGGGCCUCAACCACGAAGUCCUGUGGAGAACGUUGGACCGGCUGCCCCGGACACGCUUGGGGAAGCUCCGGGACUGCAACACGCACGAGAGCCUCCUGGAGGUGUGUGACGACUACAACCUCAGCGACAACGAGUAUUUCUUUGACCGGCACCCGGGGGCCUUCACUUCCAUUUUAAAUUUCUACCGGACGGGGAAACUCCAUAUGAUGGAAGAAAUGUGCGCUCUCUCUUUUGGGCAAGAGCUUGAUUACUGGGGGAUUGACGAGAUCUACCUGGAAUCCUGCUGCCAAGCCAGGUAUCAUCAGAAGAAGGAGCAGAUGAACGAAGAACUGAGGCGGGAGGCCGAGACGAUGCGUGAGCGGGAGGGAGAAGAGUUCGAUAACACCUGCUGCCCGGAGAAACGGAAGAAGCUCUGGGACUUGCUGGAGAAACCUAACUCGUCGGUGGCUGCAAAGAUCUUGGCCAUUGUGUCAAUCCUGUUCAUUGUACUCUCCACCAUCGCUCUGUCUCUCAACACUCUACCAGAGCUGCAGGCAAUGGAUGAAUUCGGACAACCCAACGACAACCCCCAAUUAGCACAUGUGGAGGCUGUGUGCAUCGCUUGGUUUACCAUGGAGUACCUUUUACGCUUCCUGUCCUCACCAAAUAAGUGGAAGUUCUUUAAAGGCCCACUAAAUGUCAUUGAUUUGCUGGCCAUCUUGCCAUAUUAUGUCACCAUCUUCCUCACGGAGUCCAACAAGAGCGUGCUGCAGUUCCAGAACGUGAGGCGUGUGGUUCAGAUCUUCCGGAUCAUGCGCAUCCUCAGGAUCCUGAAACUCGCCAGACAUUCCACAGGCCUGCAGUCCCUGGGGUUCACCCUCAGACGGAGUUACAACGAAUUGGGCUUACUGAUCUUAUUUCUGGCCAUGGGGAUAAUGAUAUUUUCCAGCCUGGUAUUUUUUGCUGAGAAGGAUGAAGAUGCCACCAAGUUCACCAGUAUCCCAGCAUCGUUCUGGUGGGCCACCAUCACCAUGACCACUGUGGGCUAUGGUGACAUUUACCCGAAGACAUUAUUAGGGAAAAUCGUGGGAGGCCUCUGCUGCAUUGCCGGGGUCCUGGUUAUUGCCCUUCCCAUCCCAAUCAUCGUGAAUAAUUUCUCUGAGUUUUACAAGGAGCAGAAACGCCAGGAGAAGGCAAUUAAAAGGAGAGAGGCCCUUGAGCGGGCCAAGAGGAACGGAAGCAUUGUUUCUAUGAACUUAAAAGAUGCCUUUGCCCGGAGCAUGGAACUGAUAGAUGUGGCCGUGGAGAAGGCAGGAGAGUCAGCCAGUACCAAGGACUCGGCUGAUGAUAAUCACCUGUCCCCGAGCCGGUGGAAGUGGGCCAGGAAAGCUCUGUCGGAAACAAGCUCCAACAAAUCUUUCGAGAAUAAGUACCAGGAGGUUAGCCAGAAAGACUCCCACGAGCAGCUGAACAACACUUCUUCCUCCAGCCCGCAGCACCUGAGCGCGCAGAAACUGGAGAUGCUGUACAACGAGAUCACCAAGACACAGCCUCCCGCUCAGCCGCACCCGGCCUGCCAGGAGCCGCCCGAGAGGCCCUCGGUGUACGAGGAGGAGAUAGAAAUGGAAGAAGUGGUCUGCCCACAGGAGCAGCUGGCUGUGGCGCAGACCGAGGGCGUGGUGGACAUGAAGAGCACGUCCAGCAUAGACAGCUUCACCAGCUGCGCCACCGACUUCACGGAGACCGAGCGGUCGCCCCUGCCGCCGCUGUCCGCCUCCCACCUGCAGAUGAAGUUCCCGCCUGACCCCACGGCAACUGAAGAGCGCCAAAGAGCCAGGGGGCCCCCGUUUCUAACACUAAGCAGAGAGAAGGGGCCCGGGGCUAGGGAUGCCAUCCUGGAAUACGCUCCGGUCGACGGAACUGUGAGCCUCGAUAACAGCGCUUACCAAAGUGGGCUCCACGGCCCUUUGCCGUCGGACGGUACCUCCGAGAGCCCUAAGAGUUCGCUGAAAGGCAGCAACCCCCUAAAAUCCAGGUCGCUCAAAGUGAACUUUAAGGAAAACAGAGGCAGUGCCCCACAGACCCCGCCCAGCACAGCCAGGCCGCUGCCGGUCACGACAGCGGACUUUUCCCUCGCCACCCCUCAGCUCAUCAGCACCAUCCUCCUCGAGGAAACCCCCUCCCAGGGAGACAGAGCCUUGCUGGGCGCCGAGGUUCCCGCACACUGUCAGGGACCUUCCAAAGGGCUGACGCCUAGGUUUCCCAAGCAGAAACUCUUUCCUUUCUCGACAAGAGAGAGGAGGAGCUUCACGGAAAUAGACACUGGCGACGACGAUGACUUCUUAGAGCUGCAGGGGCCCAGGCAGGACAAGCAGGCCGACUCCAGCCCAAACUGCUUUGCAGAUAAGCCUAGUGAUGGAAGAGACCCUUUGAGAGAGGAGGCCUGUGUGGGCUCUUCCUCCCCGCAGGACCCAAGUCACAACUGUAGGCAAGACAUUUACCAUGCUGUGGCGGAAGUAAAAAAGGACAAUAGUCAAGAAGGGUGCAAGAUGGAAAACCACUUGUUUGCCCCAGAAAUUCAUUCCAACCCAGGAGACACAGGUUAUUGUCCCACACGUGAAACCAGCAUGUGA